CCAGAGACACCUCCAUGCCAGCCCCUGCUUCCCCCCGCUGCCUCAGCAGGGGGAGGAGCACGGGGGAUCCCACGCCCAAUCCCCGAUCUCUAAAUUAAGUUCCGGCUUGUGGACACAGGGCCCUCUCCUCCAAACCCUUCAUUUGGCCUGCAGGGACCCUCCAGCCAGAGAGGGAGGCGGCUUGAAGCCAGGCCACUGUGGCCAGCGGCAGUAGUCUAUUGGCCAGCAGGAGGGGGUGGGACCAUCCUCCUGGGUGAGUCCCCUGGGCCUGCCCUGCAACUGCUCCCAUGCGGGCGAGGGGACCUCAGAGAGGAGUCCUUGGCAUCACAGACCGUGCUACAGAGGUGGGGUGUAGGCCGCCGGCCCGGCCGUUCAGCUGAGCGGAGGACCGGAGGAGACCCUGGAAGAGGAAGGGGGGAAAGGACGGGAACGGGAAGAGGUGGAAGGGAAAGGAGGCUGAGCAGAGAAAGGCAGGAGGCGCGGGGCCCGCCCAGGUCGGCCGGCACGGAGGCCGCACCGAUCAGCCUGCCUCCGCCCGCGGCCUCACCUUCCCUCCGGCCAGUCAGUGGGCAGGGCCAGCAGCCAGCACAGGGCUCCCUCGCUUGCUCAGAGCGGCCCGCUUGCGGCCCCGCCGGCGUUGGCACGGUGACAGUAGCCAAGUGUGCAAACUUGUGCCAUUGUCCCCAGGCCAGGGGGAGCCAUGGAGACUGGCUAAUAUGACACAGGAAAAUGUUUGCUGAUGGCAAUUCUAUGGGCUUUGUCCACCUCUUUCUCCAUCAUGACGACUCGAUUUAAGUCCCUAACUGUUUGACUACAAAUGCAAGGGGACCGUGCAACGCCAGCCUUUUGUCCGGCCGCACUGAAUGGGCAAUUCAGGCUUUGUGCAGCUCAAUUGAGGAAGCAAACAUAAAGACAAGAUUCCUGAGAGCUCCGGCUCCCUUCCCAUGGAUAUCCCAGCACCUCGUUAGGGAGUCCUUCCCCGGCUACCUUUCCCGACAUCAGCGAGCCGCCUGCCCUCACAGGCUGGCCAGUGGCCGGUGCCUCCGGGAGGGGGCUGGGAAGAGGGAGACAGAGACAGACAGAGACAGAGAGGGAGAGAGGAACGCGGCGGGAGGGAGAGAGGGAGAGACACUCAACACUCAAGGACAGAGGGGAAAGAGCCCGCCCGGCUUACCCCGUCCGAUUGUCUGUCUGCACUGGGGCAUGGCAGCUGUAGGCCUGGAGUCUUUGGGGGAGGUAUGCAAGCCCAUCUCUUCUGGGCCCAGCCCCUCCUCAAUCCUGGACUUUUUAAACACACGCACGCACACACACAUGCACACACACACGCACACACACACGCACUGCCCCCUCGAGAAACCAGGGAACCGAGGUCAAGGGGAGGAGGGGCUGAAGGGUAGAAAUUUACCGGGAAAUGAUUGCAUUUGGGAGCUGUCUUUUUUGUGAUGGUCCCCAUGGUGACAAUUUGUGACGGCAAAGAAUGUGGGAACGGGGCGCUGCCGCCUGAUUGGGAUGCUUUGUAUCUGGAGAGGCGCUCCUGAUUGGCCUGAGGGGCCCCCCAGCGCCGGGGACUCGUCCUCCAUCCAGCCCACUCGAGGGCUGCACGACUGCUUCCAGCCGGACGCACGGAGCUCGCCGGCCACGCCGGGCCUGGCCCAGGUCUGCCGCGGGGAACCUGCCAGGCCACGUCGGCGGGGGGCCCGGGGCCGGCCCGCACCCUCGGUCAGCUCUGUGCCCUCCCCUGGAGCUGCCAGCCACGAGCAGAACCCACCCGCUUCAUGGAAAGCCCCAUGCAGUGGCCUCCUGGUGAUGGCAAACGACAGUGACGUAAAGAUGCUGCUGAACUUUGUGAACCUGGCGUCCAGUGACAUCAAGGCGGCCCUGGACAAGUCUGCACCCUGCCGCCGCUCAGUGGACCACCGCAAGUACCUGCAGAAGCAGCUCAAACGCUUCUCCCAGAAGUAUUCCCGGCUUCCUCGGGGCCUCCCCGGCAGAGGGGCGGAGCCUCACCUGAAAAGGGGACCCGAGGACCGGCCGGGGAGGCUGCCCCUCGAUUCUGGCCAUGAUUCCAGUCCCGUCGGGGGUGGGGGCUGCGAGGAGAAGGCUCUGGGGAACCCGUACAGGGAGGAAUGUCUCUCUAAGGAGCAGACCUUACAGGGGCAGAACCCAGAAGCUGCCAGGCCUGGCCAGGUGCCCAUGAGGAAAAGACAGCUGCCCGCUUCCUUCUGGGAAGAGCCUCGGGCCACCCACAGCUACCCGCUGGGGCUGGAGGGGGGGCCGGGCCCCAGGGAGGGACCUCCCUAUGAGGGUAAGAAACAUUGCAAAGGUUUGGAGCCCUUGGAUCCUGAGACGGCCCCAGUGCCGGCAUCCCCAAGGGCACCGGCUGAAAAGGAGCCACUCAAGAUGUCUGGGGUCUCCCUGGUGGGCCGUGUCAAUGCCUGGAGCUGCUGCCCCUUCCAGUACCAUGGACAGCCGGUCUACCCAGGUCCUCCAGGGGCCUUGCCCCAGAGCCCGGUCCCCGGCCUGAGCCUAUGGAGGAAAAGCCCGGCUUCCCCCGGGGAGCUGGCCCACUUCUGCAAGGAUGUGGAUGGGCCGGGGCAGAAAGUGUACAGACCCGUGGUCCUGAAGCCUAUCCCCACCAAGCCGGCUGUACCGCCACCCAUCUUCAAUGUCUUUGGCUACCUCUAGCCGGGCUGGGAGGCCCUCGGCUCCGACCUCUGGCCUGUAGGGGUGUUGGGGGCCCGGGGAGCUCUCCGCGCCAGGAGCGAGCUGGGCAGUGGUGUGGCCUCUCGGGAACCUUCCCUUUGUGUGUGUGGAUGGGAGGGGAGGACAGGAUUGGGGCAGUGGCUUCUCCGGCAGGCGCCAAGUCAGCCCUUGCCUUGGGAGCUGUGGGGCCGGGCUCCGCCGGCCCCUCUCCAACCAGACCAGAGCCCGACAGAGCAUCCCACUGUCCUCGUGCCAGUCUUUGCCCCGGCCCGCCAGCCACUCCAGAAGCCAGAGUUACACGUCUGUUCACCUGCCACCCACUAUGUAAGCCAAUCUCAGUUCUGUUCUUUUCGAGGUGGUUUUUUUUUUGGUUUUUUUUUUUUUUUGUAAAUAAGAAGGUUAAAAGAAUAAAGACAUUUCUUUUGCA